CAUUUCCCAGCAUGUGCUGCGCGAAAAGUGACUACAUUUCCCAGCAUGCUCCGCGCCAGACACUUCCUCGACUCGUUUGACCAGUCAAGUUUUGGGAGUUUCACUCUUUCUUACAUGAUUAAGCUCGUUUCAGAGCGAUAGUUUAAUCGGAAGCAGAACUUUUUCCGGCAGAGUUGCUGAAGUUACAAACUUUGCAUUCGCGGUCGUGAAACACACAGAAUGACUGAAGCAUUCUCAGGUGAGCAGCACACAAGCGUUCACACGCAGCGGUCGCCCGGGUUCCUGGAGCGUCUGAGCGCGAGCGCCGGCGGGGUGAUGGCGGGCGUCUGUCUGCUCGCGCUGUCGUUCUACGUGCUCUUCACGAAUGAGGGGCGCGCUCUGCGCACGGCCUCCUCUCUGGAUGAGGGUCUCAAACAGGUCGUGUCUCUUCAUCCGGACGCGAUGCUGGACCCUCAGAAUGACGGGCGUCUGGUUCACCUGUCCGGGCCGCUGCGGACCGCGCAGCCGCUGUACGACCCGAACUAUGGCGUGACGGUGCAGGCGGUGAAGCUGCAGAGGCGGGUGGAGAUGUACCAGUGGGUGGAGUACAGCGAGAGCAGGGACUAUGAGGAGAACGGAGAGAAGAAGACCGAAACCACAUACACAUACAACACCGAGUGGAAGUCAGAGGUCAUCAGCAGCAGGCACUUCGAUCAGGAGGUCGGUCACAUGAACCCCAGCGCGAUGGCGGUGGAGAGCGUGACGGUCGUGGCUCCAGACGUUUGGGUCGGGGAGCUCUUCCUGUCUAAAGGGCUGGUGGAGCAGAUCAAUGACUUCCACACGCUGAGUCUCCAAGGAGUUCCUGUUCCUGUUAUGAUCACCUUCCUGACGGUGUACGAUGAUUACUUUUACCACACGGCAAACCCUCGACGUCCAGAGGUUGGAGACGUGCGCAUUCGUUUCGCUUACGCUGGUCUGAGCGGUGAUGGAGUCUAUCCUGGCCCCGCCCACAAGGUGAGUGUGGUGGCGAUGCAGCAGAGCAAUCAGCUGAAGCCCUUCAGGACGCGCUCCGGAGAUGUGCUGGAGAUCCUCUACUUGGGCGAUCUGUCAGCAGAGGAGGUGUUUUCCAGAGAACAUCAGCUGAACAACAUGAAGACCUGGGCGCUGAGGCUCGGCGGCUGGGCGCUCAUGUUUCUGGGCGUCAGUCUGAGCACGCGGAUCAUAUACACGCUGGUGGACUGGGUUCCUGUGCUGAGGGAGCUGGUGUCUGCGGGGCUGAAGAUCUUCGCGCUCUGCGUCUCGUGUUCGCUCUCACUGCUCACCAUCUCCGUCGGAUGGAUCUUCUACCGGCCUCUGCUGGGUGGGAUGAUCGUGCUGCUCGCACUCCUGCCGCUUCUCCUCGCACACGCCAGAGCCCCGUCCAAGAAAAACCAGUGACUAGUUUGACGUUGAGUUUAUUGUUAAAAAAAAAAACAAAUCCUCAGAAAAAAUGGAUCAAAGUUGAGUUUUUGCUCAGAACGAGAAUAAAUAUCCAUCAGUGAGGUCAGGGACAUGAUUUUGUUUUUCAAUUGAAUUCAGAUAAUUUUUCAUACCACUGUCAGAUGUUUGUUAUUAUUUUAAGCAUGAACUCGCUUCAUUUUGAUCAGUUUUUCAGAAAACACGACUACACAUCUGUUGUUUUGAAUCUCCAGUAAAUGUCUCUUGAUGAAAGAAUGUUUGGAUAUUUGUACUAGAAAACAAUGCAAAUACAAUGUAAGAAAAUCAUUUCGUGCAGCGCACUCAAACUCAAACCCCAUUAUAAAAUCCAACUCGCGUCUUCACUUUUAUUUUUCCACAGGAACUUUAUUUGCAAUCUGUUUUUGUGUGUGUGAAAUAAAGAGCGAAUCCUCAA